UUGGCUGGCCAGGACGUGGGCGGAUUUGCGCUGACGUUGCCCGUACUCGGGAUUAACUUGUUUUUAUGUCGCCAUAUCUGUUACAUUUUACACAGGAUAUCCCGAUCGCCCGCAGCUGGGUGAUACAGAGUGUUAGUUAGCGUGUUCAAGCCUUAAAUUGGCGCGCGUGUGUGUGUGUGUGUGUGUGUGUCGUGCGUGUGACUGUGGACAGGCUGCCAUGGGGGCGCGCAGUACAAUGUGACCGCCUGGAUGAGGAGCAGACGUCGCACUGAGGGUACAGUGCCCCGUGCCGAUGUCCUGUCACACUGAUGGGGGCCGACGGCAGUAAAAACAGGAAGAGGCCCACUGAAGGGCGGGACGAAGAGCAAUUCUCAUCUCGAUGGCGUGGCUUCCUCUCCAGCGUGGGUCUGUCUAUCCCAGCAGGCCUCUGUCGCCUGGCCCCACCUGGCCUGCGUCUGGGCCAGCGUCGAAUGCUCCAAGGGAAGUCCCCUGACAUCCCAGAGCACGUCCUGAGGUUGGCGGGAGUAGGCCCAGACAAGCUGAGAGCCGAGUGGAGCCUGCCGGGGUUCAUUACCAUGUUCCUGCCCGAAUUCCCCCACAGAACUGUGCCUGGGCACGAAUACUUUCAGGUGAUGGGUUACAUCGCUAAAGGUUCGUUUGGACCCAUUCUGAAAGUGAAGGACAAGGCCAAACAGAAAACAUAUGCGGUCAAAGUUAUACCUAAAUCAGAGAUUCUGAGACUUGGGGUCUUGGAGCAGUCAAAAGAAGAAGUUAUAGUCCAACGUCAGGUGCGCCACCCAUUUGUCCAUGACCUCCAGGACUGCUGGCAGACACAGCACCACCUCUACAUUAUGUGCGACUACUGCAGCACCGGAGACCUGUACACCUAUUGGCAGAUGAUUGGUCAGUUCACAGAGGACACAGUGCGAGUGUUUGCAGCGGAGUUGGGAUGUGCGAUCGGCUUCCUGCAUGACUUUGGGAUCAUCCACAGAGAUGUGAAGAUGGAAAAUAUCCUGCUGACAGACAACGGACACCUCCGCUUAGCUGACUUUGGUUUGUCCCGUCGCCUGGAAAGAGGAGGACGAGCCUUUACUAUUUGUGGAACAAUCCAAUACAUGGCCCCAGAGGUGCUGAGUGGCGGGCCCUAUAACCACGCAGCUGAUUGGUGGUCGCUGGGAAUUCUGCUUUUCUCAUUGGUGACUGGGAAGUUCCCUGUGCCUCCAGAACCAGACCACUGCAGCAUGCUGAGGAAAGUGAGGGGCUUUCCCUACGAAAUGCCCCUUAGCUUCACCCCCCCAUUUGCCUUGCUAAUAACUGAGCUUUUGUGCAAGACUCCCUGCCGCCGUCUGAGGACCCUUGAUCGUUUCAAGCGUCAAACCUUCCUCCAUGGCAUAACUUUUGACCUUGCCCUGCUGCAGCGCCAGCCUAUGGAGGUGAUUCUGGAGCUGAGAGAGAGACCAGACCGAGCCGCCAAAGCUCGACGAGGACUCACUUUGUCUCUGCAGCCUCUGAAAGGCUUCGACUAUGACUCACUCCUUAGCCCUCCAGCCACACCAGACGCACAGUUGGAUGCCAACCCACAAACUCACACUGUUGCACCGCUGCCCGGCCCGGCACUCACACUGCAGACUGCUCAGGAAAAAGGUCCAGGCAAAGAAGUGUUUGUGUGAUGGACUUUGCGUUUACAGUAUGAUUACUAACACACUAAAGGUAAAUGCCUGCAUAAAUGUACUUCCGCACACUUAUUCACCCUUACACACAGGUGUGGUGCGCCUUGUCUUAUUUAGAAAAAGCCAAAACGGCUGAUUAUGAUUUAAUUUGAUAUAUAGUUUAGAAGGGAAUGAUUCCAUUGAGUGAAAAACCCCACUUCCCCACUUGUAUUGGAAAGUUUUAUCUUUUUUUGUGAUGUACUGGGCACUGUUUUUUUUCUUUUUCUUUUUUUUUUGACUUGUUUGCCUUUUUCCAAUGAGCACCUUUUCAAGCCUUCUGUAUUUGCUCAACACUUGUGCAAGAAAGAUUGCGCUAUUGUCCAUCUACUUGUAGUUUUUCAGUGACUGGUCAUGGUUGCCCUGUUAGCACAUAAUAUACAACUGCUAUCAAAUUCACCCCACAUGGAAAAGUGCACCAAAUUUCUUUCUUUCUUUUUUUUUUCUUACAAGUUAUGUGUAGUUAAGUAGACAACCAAAACCCUUCUGCCUUUGCUUUAAUAUUGAACGAUUAUGAAAGCAUUUAGGCAGAAGUAGACAGAAGAAACUCCUUGCCUCAUUCAACAGAAUGAGGCAAGGAGUUAUGUUGUGACAACCUUUCCCAAACUUGACCUUUACUGCCUAAAUUCUGUUGCAGCAGAAACAUCUCUUUUCCUGUACUAUGUAAAACUUAUCCAAGCAUCACGACAUCAGAUCAGAGACGGGUACACCCUCAAUGUCUACUUUAUUAUUUAUAAUCUGCAACUCAGGGGAGCGCUCACUGAUUUUCCCAAGUCAGGCUUGAAUUGGAGCCCAAGAUGGCACCCAGCUGUACAGAUCUGAGCUGGGACUGUAAGGUUUGAAUGAACAACAGUAUUGUUUACCUCCACUUGACAUUUUGAUAGAUACAGGGCUUUUUCUAUUGUCCAAGGCUGCCGUAACUCUAGCUAGUAAUCAAACCUACAUGCACUUACCUGAUCAUCAGAUUAUAUUGUGAUUUUUUGCCCUGAUGUGUACCCUGAAUGCCUCACAUGUGGGAUCCUGAGCUUGCUUUUUUUGUCACAAAAGUAAUUAUUUAUAAAUUCCUCUUUACAAAAGUUUAUAUGAACAUUUUGGAUGCUAUUUGUUGUUAUAUGUUAUGUUACAAUGUAUUUUUGUAAUUACCAUGUAGCACCGAUGGAAUAUUAAAC